AUGAUAUUUAUAAGUCUUAGGACUUUGAUUACAACUUUAAUGUCGGUAAGUAGUACUAGAGAAAUGAUUGAUGAAUUUGUUAAAGGUAUAAGCUUGAAGACUUUUGGAUUUAGAGUAGCAAUAAAAGAAGUCCUAACUGCUAUUCUUAUCAAAGUAUUAAUCUCUUCAAAUAAUUUCAAUUAUUUCUACCUUUUAAUUACAAGUACCAGCAGGAUUAGCCUCAGUUUUCAAUACUGUUGA